AUGGAGGAGUGGGAGUAUUUAGAAGGACACAAGGACCUCUACAAGGACGUCAUGAUGGACAAUCAGCCGCCCCUCACAUCACCGGACUGGAAAGUAGAAGAUGAGGACAUCACACAGUAUAGUCCAGGAGAAAACCCGCAUAAAAGAUCUCAAAUGAGUAAGAAGCCACAUUCCUGUCCUGAGUGCGGGAAAUGUUUCCGUUUUAAAUCCUGUCUUAUUGUGCAUAACAGAACUCACACAGGUGAGAAGCCACAUUCCUGUCCCGAGUACGGGAAAUGUUUUUCAUUGAAAUCCAAUCUUUACAAACAUCAGAGAUUGCACACAGGGACUCACACAGGUGAGAGACCAUAUUCCUGUGCUGAGUGCGGGAAAUGUUUUUCAUGGAAGUCCAAUCUUUAUACUCAUCAGAGGACUCACACAGGGGAAAAGCCAUAUUCCUGUGCUGAGUGCGGGAAAUGUUUUUGUCAUAAAUCAGAUGUUAUCAAACAUCAGAUGAUUCACACGGGGGAAAAAUCAUAUUCAUGUCCUGAGUGCAGGAAAUGUUUUUCACGGAAGUCCCAUCUUUACGGACAUCAGAGAUGUCACACAGGGGAGAAGCCGUAUUCCUGUUCUGAGUGCGGGAAAUGUUUUUCAGUGAAGUCCAGUCUUUGCAGACAUCAGAGAUCUCACACAGAACAAAAGCCGUAUUUCUGUCCUGAGUGUGGGAAAUGUUUUGCAGAUAAGUCCAGUCUUUGCAGACAUCAGAGAUCUCACACAGGGGAGAAGCCUUAUUCCUGUCCUGAGUGCGGGAAAUGUUUUGCAGAUAAGUCCAGUCUUUCUGCACAUCAGAGAUCUCACACAGGGGAGAGCCCAUAUUCCUGUGCUGAGUGCGGGAAAUGUUUUUCACGGAAGUCCAAUCUUUAUACUCAUCAGAGGACUCACACAGGUGAGAGACCAUAUUCCUGUGCUGAGUGCGGGAAAUGUUUUUCAUGGAAUUCCGAUCUUUAUACUCAUCAGAGGACUCACACAGGUAAGAAGCUGUAUUCCUGUGCUGAAUGUGGGAAAUAUUUUUCACAUAAAUCACAACUUGCCAAACAUCAGAGGUCUCACACAGGGGAAAAGCCAUAUUCCUGUGCUGAGUGCGGGAAACGUUUUUGUCAUAAAUCAGAUGUUAUCAAACAUCAGAUGAUUCACACGGGGGAAAAAUCAUAUUCAUGUCCUGAGUGCGGGAAAUGUUUUUCACAGAAGUCCCAUCUUUACAGACAUCAGAGAUGUCACACAGGGGAGAAGCCGUAUUCCUGUUCUGAGUGCGGGAAAUGUUUUUCAGUGAAGUCCAGUCUUUGCAGACAUCAGAGAUCUCACACAGAACAAAAGCCGUAUUUCUGUCCUGAGUGUGGGAAAUGUUUUUCACAGAAGCCCCAUCUUUACAGACAUCAGAGAUCUCACACAGGGGAGAAGCCUUAUUCCUGUCCUGAGUGCAGGAAAUGUUUUGCAGAUAAGUCCAGUCUUUCUGCACAUCAGAGAUCUCACACAGGGGAGAAGCCGUAUUCCUGUCCUGAGUGCUGGAAAUGUUUUUCAACUAAGCCCAGUCUUUCUGAACAUCAGAGAUGUCACACAGAAGAGAGGUCAUAUUCCUGUCCUGCAUGUGGGAAAUGUUUUUCAAGGAGGUUCAAUCUUUACAGACAUCAGAGAUCUCACACGGGGGAGAAGCCACGUUCCUGUCCUGAGUGA